AUGUUUCCGCUUUCUCUCUUGUUGUGUCUCUGUGCUGCGAAAGCGGUAGUGGAAGGUUCAGCAUGCACUAAACGUGGAAUUUCUUCUUGUGUCUGCACCGAAGAGGAAACCGGAAUUGUCAAUUUGACUGUACUCGCAAAUAUUAAUUCCACAGGCGCUCCACGGUUUAAAGAUGUUGUAUCUGCCUCCACAACGUACUACUACAAUCCUUGUUUUUCCUUUACCGAGUUGGCUACACAAGGGAAAGAAGUUUGUACUCCAAACUAUGACGUUGCCGUUUGCCAGAUACAAGAUAAGGUCGCAUAUCUUGCAGGAACGGAGAGCUCCGCUGUAUUUUCUGGUAGUGCAAAGACUGGAGAUCUGAACAUUACCUACUCUACAAGAACAAGCGGCACAACGCGGAUAUCAGUAGUUCAUUUGAUGUGUGACAAAGACCUAUCCUUGAGCCAGUCAACGUUUAGAUAUGUGAAUCAAAAUCUAGCGUCUGCUACCACCACCUACUAUUUUGUUCUCAAAAGCCGCUGUUGCUGUCCUAAUCUCUGUCAAUAUGCGCCGUCAUCGAGUAGUGGUGGUGGACUGAGUAUCGGGUCCAUCCUUCUGAUCGUUUUCUUCUCUCUCAUAUUCGUCUACAUCAUCGGUGGGAGUAAUGCGUGAACCUCCGUCAAGCUUCGCUUCAAAUGAAAGCUACGAAGCAAUCAAUACUCAUUUGGGAGUAGUUUCUCAGUACCUGUAGGAGAGUUGAAUUUUCUAGUUACUGUAGAGUUGUACUAUUUCUACCCAAAGUCGAUUUUCCUCACUCGUAACUUGUUACUGCACUCUAGCUACUCUAGAAGAUUUGGUCAGACUUCUAAUAUGAACAUAUCAUUCG